AUGGCUACCGCUUAUAAUAUCCAUCACAUGGAAAACAAAAUAAAAUAUCAACCAAUUGCGCCUGCGCCAUUGACCGGAAAACGAUCUUCAAAUCCAACGACAACGGUUCUCGGCAUGAACGGCAUGAAUACACUUUCAUCGAUUAACGAUCAGCAGUACAAGAAGAAAUACACUUACGCGAAUAUGCCCUAUGGCGAGCAAACGCUUUCGGUGGCAAGACGCAACGCUCGCGAACGUAAUCGUGUCAAGCAGGUGAAUACAAGUUUUGCCAAACUUCGUCAGCACAUACCGCAGGCUAUAAUUGCCGAUAUCUCGAAAGGUGGUCGUGGUCCUAGCAAGAAGAUCAGCAAAGUGGACACAUUAAAGAUAGCUGUUGAAUAUAUCCGUCGUUUGCAUGAACUUUUGGAGGACAUGAAUACCAGUGACACAUCAAGUAAUAGCUCACAAAUCGGUCAAAGUUCGACAUCUGGAUCGCCACCACCUACACUCUAUUACGACGCAUCCAGUCCGGAACAGUUUCAUUCGCCAACAGCUGCGGCUCAAUAUCUCCAGCAAUCGGCGAAUUCACCAACAUUUUCCUUCCAUUCGAGCAUGUCCUUCGAAUCGGCAAACUAUGAAAAUACAGCACCUCAUCUGACAGCUUCACACAAUUCCGCGGAACAUUUGCAGUUGAAAUUUGAGCCCUACGAUAGUUAUCCUGUGCAAGAUGAUACUCCCGAUGAUGAGGAGAUCCUAGACUAUAUUUCUUUAUGGCAGGAUCAAUAA